AUGGAUUCCGAGAAAGCAGAGCGGCUAAGCCGGCUCCAGAUGGAAGAUCUGGGAACCGCCAGGCGGGAACACAUCUCUACCACAGAUAGCAGGAAGGUAAAAAAGGCCCGUUUAGAAGAUAUCGAAGCCACCCGACUAUCGAAUCAGCCCGGGACGGAGGCUCAGCGUUUAGCUGAGCAGAAUCGGCAACAGCUCACCGAAUGGAAGAAUGUAUUCAAAAGGAUAGGUGAUACCGUGGACGUAGAGAGUCUCGAUGAGCUCCUAAAUGGCCAAAGUCACCGUCUUCAACUGAGGGCCGCUUUGCACGGAUCUGGCAGCUAUGACAGUGGAAAGUCUUUAAAGACGACGGACGACUACCCUAAGCUAUCAGAAGCUUCACUCUCGGCGUCUACUAGGGGUUCUAGAUCGCGAGGUCGAGGUCGCGGCAUAGCUGGCACGAGAGGGCGUGGCGAUGUGAGAGUCGUAUCUGGCAGAAUCCCGUCUAGCACUUCUAAUCGUGCUUCUGAUUCUAAGCUAGGGCACCGCGCACAUCAAGCUUCUGGAGCCUGCAGGACUUCACUAGACCCGGCUCUAGAAAUAAACAACAGUGAUUCUAACGGGAAAGGUUACGAGAAACAGGCCCAGGAUAAGCCACCGUAUCAGUUUGGGGGGAACAGAGGAAAUGGCAAUAGGAGUCAAAUGCCAGCCGUUGUCAAAACUAGACGACCUAUGGACGGCCUACCAAGGCUUCUUAGCCCUCCUGAGUCUUUUCUAGCAGAAGCCAGAAAAUUGCUCCAGAGGGUCUCAGAGGCCACACCUGCUGCUGCCCAGAAUGAAUCUAACCUCCAUAGUACUCCUGUAACGGCCUCACCUUGCGAAAGCCGAACGGCACAGCCCAGCACCGCACAAAAAACCCCUCUGCCAAACAAUAAAGCUGAGGCCGGUCAUGAUGAGCCAGCAUUAAUGACUACCCUUGCAAUAGCACCCCAAGAAAAUCGAAUGCCCCAGCUGAGCACUGCCCAAGCCACUUCUAAUCAAAUCACCAGUGACAUGCCUAAUCAAAAUCCAGAAUCCACUAACGGUAUCCCCACAACUACAAACAAGGAUCAGUCGGCUUCGGAAUCCGCCCUCAAUAGAACUUCCUCGGAAGUUCUUCUUGAUUUGAGUAGUACACCACCCACAAAGGACUCAUUUCUAAGCGACAACAACCUAAUAAUGAGCCCUUCGCUCCAAGAGCUGGAGGGUCUGGAAUUCAUGCAGAGCUUAACAAAUGCCCUUGGAAGCACAUCGUCGCCCAUUUUCCAGAGGCUUGACUGUGAGGAGCCCUCAAAGAAUACAAUCUUCGACGGGAAAAGCUCGGCUUUCCAUCAAGCGGAUGAAGAUGGACCGUGUGAUAAAUUCCAGCGUGAUAUAGAAAUGCUCUGUAAGCUAAUGGCGUCAACAUCACUUUCGGACAAGCAUCGUGAAAGCUUGGAGGAAUGCAAAGCGGAGCUCGAGGCAAAACUCCGGAAUUUCCAGCGCACACCUCCGCUAAUUCCAGCCACUUUAGAAUCUUCAGCUGAAAGCCCUAUUGAUGGAGGGGGCGCUUUGCCUGUCUCAAAAAAUCGAGACAGUCCUAGUCUACUAAGCCGCCUUAAUGUGACGGCCGCCCCGUUCGUUCCAAGUAGACUCGAUAUGUCACCCACCCCCACUCGAGCACGAGCCAAAUCCGUGUCAUUCGCGGUACAUCCGGGCCAUAUAAUUGGUAACCACCUGCUGCCAGGUCGGCGUGAGCCUCAGGUUGCAGUACAGCCCAAGGAGACUCACAUAUUUGGUGAUCACGUACUCCCUGGUAGACGUCAAGUGAGCGAGUCGAGCAGCACUCAAAUCAAGUUCAGUAUCCCAAGGAAACGAACAGUGCUGCCAAGUUUGAAAAUCCCGGGGUUUGGAGGGCUUGAGAACCCUGCUCUAGAUUCACUCCACCCUCUUGGCGAUACUCAACAGACACUUCUACAUACAGGACCAGUAAACAAGGUUGUCCGAAAACCCAGUGCACCUGAAGAUCAGUUGCAGCAGUCAAUACACGCACCAAAGGAGAAUAAAACCCCAGUAACUCGAUCGGUUGGACAAGCCUUGGGUGGCCUUCAAGCUUCGAUCUAUGCGGUUCGUGAGGAAAGCAAGCCCAUCCGUUGA